AUGUCUGAGCACGAGGACGACGGCGUACACUUUGAUGCUUUGUUAAGAGAGCAACGAUUACAAUUUGCGGCUAUCAAACGAGCGGCGGAUAUGGUUGCCGGAGAUUUACAUAAGAUAAGUACUACUAGGAUCAAGAAUUUGCCACUUACGAAGAAGUUUACCUCGACACUGUUGGUGCGUUUAAACAAUUCAUUUUCGGACCACCUCGACCGGCAACCUCCCGCCCCAGAGUUCCAGCAUGCAGAGACGACGGUCAACGCUUCUCCAAUUCGCCGUAUUGCGCAAAUACCACGCAUGAUUUUGCCGCGAUUUGCCGGCAAUUAUAAAAAUUGGGAAGAAUUUCGCGAUUAUUAUAAAUCAAUGUUUAUUGACGAUCCGUCGUUCGAUAAUUUACAACGGUUGCAUUACCUAAAGUCGUGCCUCGACGGCGAGGCUUCACAAUUGCUCAGAAACGUGCAAACUACUGCAGCGAAUUUCCCUAUCGCGUGGAAAUUAUUAACUGAACGCUACGCGAAUGAACGCCGAUUGGUUAAUUUACAUUUAGCCGAUUUAUUUGCGUUGAAAUCGGUCUCACGCGAAAAUUCUCCUUCUGAGCUACGCAAGCUCCUCGAUACUGCCAAAGAAAGCAUUGAGGCUUUAAAGUUAAUGAAACAUCCGGUGCAGGAUGAUAUUCUUGUGUUUCUUCUUACACAACGCGUAGAUCGAGAAGCGCGCGAAGCUUGGGAAUUGACAUUUAACGAAAAUUCCGACUUUCCCACGUUUGCUAAUUUCGAAAGUUUUUUAACUUCACGCAUUCGCGCCUUAGAAGCGUCUAGUAUAAUUAUAAGCAAAUCAAAGUCGUCUUCGAGUUCGGCGGUUCAGAACCCGAGCACAUCGAAAGCGCAAUCGCAUCUUUCCAAUGCAACAGCCGUGAAAUGUCCCGUUUGCGGAGAAUCACACUCGCUCUAUCGAUGUAAAAGGUUUAUAUCGAAGCCCGUCUCCAAUCGGUGGGACGUUGCAAAACAGAUUCAAGUAUGUCUCAAUUGCCUCUGCUCCGGGCAUCAACAAAAAUCGUGUCCGAGUAAACGGUCGUGUUUUCAAUGUAAUUCUCGACAUCAUACGCUGUUGCAUCGCGGAACGAAUUCGAACAAGGCGCUCACAGAGACGCUUCCCGUAUCCGAAGCAAGUGCCAGUACCUCGAGUGCAUCCGAGCCACGCGUGGAUACAAAUCUUGUGCAGUCGCACCUGGUGGCAACACCGCAAUCGGCACACGUUGUAUUGGCAACUGCAUGGAUCAUGGUAACCGCGUCAUCGAAGAGAACGGUGAAGCUCCGGGCCCUGCUCGACCCAGGCUCCACGCAUUCGUUCAUUACGCGCGACGUUGCGAAUGCACUACAAGCGCGAUCGUACUCGGCGAAUGCAUCGGUGAGCGGAAUCGGCGGCGGUAUUACGAGUACGGUUAAAAGAACUGUGCCCAUCACGAUUACCCCUAUCAAGGCGACCGUUCCGGCCUUUUCGACGGACGCAUUAGUGCUAGAUACGCUCACCACAUAUCUCCCGCGGUUCCGUCAUCCGCUGUCCACAUGGCCACACCUCGACGGUCUUAUAAUGGCUGAUGAAUGUCCAGCAAGCGAUAUUCCGAUCCACGCGAUAAUCGGAGCCGACUUGCAUCCGUAUAUGCUUCGCGACGGUAUCAGGAGAGGGCGUAUGGGCGAGCCGGUGGCACAGAACACUGUAUUCGGUUGGGUUCUGUCUGGGCGUACUAAGUCGCAAACGAUGGAAGACAGUACCUCGCCAGUACAUGUGCACCAUACGCAAAUAGCGGAAGAUUUGAGUGGUCUGAUGUCUCGAUUUUGGGAAAUUGAGGAAAUUCCAAGGUCGUCUCCCGCAUCUGAGGAAGACGUACGCUGUGAGGAGCACUUCCGGAAAACUCACAGUCGCACUCCCGGUGGUCAAUACGUCGUUAGGUUGCCUCUGAAAUCACCGUCACCUAUCGAUAUAGGGGACACACGAGCUCGCGCACAACGGUGCUUACUUUCAUUAGAAAAGCGACUUUCUUCGCGUCCUGACGAACGCGAAUCGUAUAUGCAAUUUCUCGCGGAGUAUGAGGAGCUCGGUCAUAUGCGACUGGCGCCUGCUCGGGAACACAAUUCUCCAUGUGUAUAUCUACCCCACCACUCAAUUGUGAAGGCCUCGAGCUCUACAACAAAAACUCGGAUAGUUUUUAACGCGUCUGCGGUGUCUACAAACGGUAGAUCUCUCAACGAACUACAGAUGACUGGACCAAAAUUGCAGUCCGAUUUAUCACUUGUGCAUACUCAAUGGCGAGCCCACCGGUUUGUUUAUUCUGCUGACAUUGCCAAAAUGUAUCGGCAAAUAUUAAUCGACACUCGCGAUAUAGAUUUGCAGAGAAUUCUAUGGCGACGUUCUCCCGCAGAAGCCAUAAACGAGUAUCAAUUACGCACGGUCACAUAUGGAACGGCCAGUGCUCCGUUUUUGGCGUUACGCGUCCUCAAACAACUCGCGGAUGACGAAGGCGGCUCGUUUCCCCUCGGUAAGCGGGCUCUUUUGACAUCGAUGUACAUCGACGAUGCGUUGUUCGGUGCCGAUUCUGUGCCACAGAUUCGAUUAAUACGCGAUCAAUUAGUUGCUCUUCUAAACCGCGGUCACUUUGAGCUAAGAAAGUGGGCGAGCAAUGCACCCGAAUUAUUGUACGAUAUUGACCCACACAACCACGGACUAGCAGUUGGAAAAACAAUCGAAAUUGACGAUAGCGUCAAAAUUCUUGGAAUCACGUGGCUCCCCGCACUUGACUGCUACAGGUUCGUGGUGGCCCGUCAGGAAAUACCGGUUCCUACGAAGCGAAAGGUCUUAUCUGUUAUUUCGCGUUUAUUUGAUCCGCUAGGAUUCCUGUCUCCGGUAAUUAUACUGGCGAAAAUAUUCAUGCAAACGCUUUGGAUAUCGGACCUCGCCUGGGAUACCCCUCUGCCGGAGAACCUAGCAGUAUCAUGGCGCGAUUACUACGACUCUUUGCCUAAAUUAAAUGACGUAACGAUCCCCCGAUGGAUUGGCACACCAUCCGAACCUCGACGUUACGAGUUGCACGGGUUUUCGGAUGCUUCAACCAAAGCGUAUGCAUCCGUUGUCUAUGUCCGGGUGGAGUCCAAGUCAGGUAUGGUCACAACAACGCUGCUCACUAGCAAAUCGCGAGUCGCCCCCACCAGGCAGCUCACGGUUCCUCGCUUGGAAUUAUGCGGAGCUCUGUUACUGGCUCGACUCAUUUCCAAACUCCGGUCACUGAACGCAUUUCAAGGCUGCAACAUCCAUUGUUGGACUGAUGCCACUAUUGUGCUUGACUGGCUGAACGAACAAUCAUCCCAUUGGAAAACGUUUGUCGCCAAUCGUGUUGCUGAGAUUCACUCGUUGCUUCCCGAUAUUACGUGGCGCCACGUUCCCGGUUCUGACAACCCGGCUGAUCUCGCCUCCCGUGGAGUGAAACCUGCUGAUAUUGGCGCAUCAAACUUAUGGUGGCGCGGCCCCCAUUGGCUGGCCCUUGACUCGGAGGAUUGGCCCACCUGCCCACCGACAGUAGUUAGUGAUGCGCAUCCCAAAGCUAGGGUCGUAUCGUUGCAAACAAAUGUAUCCCCGGUCGCAGAAUGUCAAAUGUUUGAACGAUUCUCAUCAUGGCCGAAGCUGAUACAAGUUGUUGCUAGAAUUCUUCGAUGGGUACAUUACGUUAGAAAACGCUGUCAUCAUCAGUCCGAUACCGCAGACAGGUCUGAUGCAGAUGCACUUACUGACUCCUCGACACGCGUCUUCAGUAUUGUACAAAAACAGCAGUUCCCCGAGGAAUUGCGUAUCCUUUCGGGGCUUAAGCCAGGUUCCGAUGGCAUUCGUCGCCUGACAGUAAACGUCACAUUGCCACGUCACAGUGCUCUUCGUCGACUGAAUCCAAUUUUAGGACGUGAUGGUCUUAUUCGCGUUGGUGGUAGGCUGUCCUUGAGCGCUCUCGACCCCUCAUCGAGACAUCCGAUCAUUAUAGGUUCGGGUCACGUAGCAAAAAUCUUGGUCCGUGAGGCACAUCGUCGGUGUCUCCAUGGCGGGAUUUCGCUAACACUCAGUACGCUGCGGAAUUCAGUGUGGCUCAUUCAAGGGCGGAAAUCGGUUAAGUCCCUUGUCUACCGGUGCAUUGCUUGCACUCGUAUCCGCGCUGAGUUGCCGAAUCAACUGAUGGGUUCUCUGCCUGCGACUCGCGUCCAUCGGCCAAGCCGCGCUUUUGUUGAAUGCGGCAUAGAUUACGCGGGCCCCGUCGCGGUUCGAAUGGCGAGCGGCCGCGGAGCUCGAGCGCAACCCGGCUACAUAGCGCUCUUUGUGUGUAUGGCGACGAAAGCGGUCCAUCUGGAAAUUGUAACCUCAUGUUCAACGCCCGCCUUCCUCGCCGCUUUUGACCGAUUUUGUUCGCGUCGUGGAUUACCCCGUACUAUGCACAGUGAUCGCGGCACCAAUUUUCAGGGCGCCGAUAAGGAAAUGCGUGCCGCUUACCAGGCGGCUAUUACAGAUAAAGAAGUGCGUGCUCGUGUGGCGGAGGACCGAAUCGAGUGGAAAUUCAUUCCUCCUGCAGCACCUCAUUUUGGAGGUCUGUGGGAGGCAGGAGUGAAGGUGAUGAAGCACCACUUAAAACGCGUCUUGGGAAAAAGUACCCCUACAUACGAAGAACUCGCCACGCUCCUCUGUCGCAUUGAAGCGUCUAUGAAUUCUCGGCCCUUAGCUCCCCUCAAUGAUGACAUUGAGAGCCUGGAUGUAUUGACACCCGCACACUUCCUAAUCGGCGGGCCCCUUACAGCGCUUCCGAUGCCCCCGCUUUUAGACACUGCGACAAAUCGCUUGUCACGAUGGCAAGCUAUUCAGCAAAUGUUGGAACGAUUCUGGCGACUGUGGUCGCAAGAUUACGUAAAAUCGUGCCAACAUCGUUCGAAAUGGCUGGUUCCGACCGCCCCAAUACAAGUCGGACAAAUCGUCCUCCUUCGGAAUCCAAACUUGCCACCCACCAAAUGGGAUCUUGGCCGUAUCAUCCAUUGCCACCCAGGCCCUGAUGGCCUAGUUCGUAGUUACAGUAAAAACGUCUUCCUCAGAAUUAACCAGACCGAUCACCCAGUUGGCAUUGCUACCGGUGGAUCUCGAAAAUCAGGAUGCUUCGUCCACUUGCAAUUAGUGAAAAGAGGUAGUCACAUCUCCGGUGAACACAUUAGCUUAUUGCACGCCAUGUCGUGCAAGGCGGGCGGCAAUGUUCGCAUAUGUAUUAUCAUGCGAACUAACAUCAGUGAUGCUACAUCG